ACCGCAGGCACUGAAAUGUAUUUGUUCCUUCCUUUUGACAUCAACAAUCUCCAAUUUUCAUUAAUCAGCAGCGCUAUACCAUCAUCAACCAUGCUGAAGAUCUCCACCACAUCGUCACUAUCUCUUCCUCCUCGUUUCCCUCCCCUUCACUUCAAUGAAGCAUCUCAGCUUACUCCUACAGCAACGAUACCAACCAGUAGAAUAACACGUUGGACCCCACAAACCAAGCUGAUGAAAGUUUCGUCAUCAGAGAGUAGUUAUCAGACGGUGGUGGACGUUGCACCAACACCGGAAACAAGUGAAGGCGGUGCAGCGGAUGUUGUGAGAAGGUUUUACGAAGGAAUUAAUGGCCGUGAUCUUGUCUCGGUGAAGGAACUCAUUGCUGAUAAUUGUGUGUACGAGGACCUCAUCUUUCCUCAACCCUUCGUUGGUCGUAAGGCAAUCCUAGACUUCUUUAAGAAGUUCAGUGAUUCCAUUAGCAGUGAUCUCCAAUUUGUUAUUGAUGACAUCUCUACUGAGGAUUCCUCUGCUGUUGGUGUUACAUGGCAUUUAGAAUGGAAAGGAAAGCAAUUUCCCUUCAGCAAAGGAUGCAGCUUUUAUCGGCUGGAGGUUGUGAAUGGCAAGAGACAGAUAAUAUAUGGAAGAGACAUUGUUGAACCUGCAAUCAAGCCUGGAGAGUCAGCUUUGGGUAUUAUCAGGGCUGUAACUUGGUUGCUGCAACAAUUUCCUCAACUUGCAGACAGGCUUUGAAAGUAAAAAUAAAUUCUUGAAUCAAUAGUUUGUUAAAGUCCUGAAGGACUAAAUCUACAUUACAUAUUGUUAUAUGUAUACAGUGGUUCCUUUUGAGUUUGUGCAUGUACAGAUGUACUGUCUAGAUCCUUUUCUGAAGUACUACUGGUGACAUUAGUGUAUUUGUAUAAUAAUAUAAUA